AUGGCUCUCUUUUCAGCCUUUCAGACAACAUUCCUCUUGGCAUUGCUGUCCUUGAAAACUUACCAGAGUGAAGUCUUAUCUGAACCCUUGUCAUUGGCCCCUGAAUCACUGGAAGUUUCCAUCGAUUCUGCACGUCAGUGUUUGCAUUUACAAUGGAGUGUCCACAACCUUGCUUAUCAUCAGGAAUUAAAGAUGGUUUUUCAGAUAGAAAUCAGUAGAAUUAAAACAUCUAAUGUCAUCUGGGUGGAGAACUAUAGCACCAUUGUGAAGCGGAACCAAGUUCUGCGUUGGAGCUGGGAAUCCAAGCUUCCUUUGGAAUGUGCAAAACACUCUGUAAGAAUGAGGGGUGCGGUGGAUGACGCCCAGGUCCCCGAGCUGAGGUUCUGGAGCAAUUGGACUUCGUGGGAGGAGGUAGAUGUACAGAGUUCUCUUGGACACGAUCCAUUGUUCGUUUUCCCUAAGGAUAAGCUGGUGGAAGAAGGCUCCAAUGUCACCAUUUGUUACGUUUCUAGGAGCCAUCAAAACAACAUAUCCUGUUAUUUGGAAGGCGUACGGAUGCAUGGAGAACAACUUGAUCCAAACGUCUGUGUGUUCCACUUGAAGAACGUUCCUUUCGUUAGAGAAACUGGGACAAAUAUCUAUUGUAAGGCAGACCAAGGAGACGUUAUAAAAGGCAUCGUUCUCUUUGUAUCCAAAGUAUUUGAAGAGCCCAAGGAUUUUUCUUGUGAAACCCGGGACUUGAAGACUUUGAACUGUACUUGGGUUCCCGGGAGCGACGCUGGCUUGCUCACACAGCUUUCCCAAAGCUACACUUUGUUUGAAUCGUUUUCUGGGAAAAAGACACUUUGUAAACACAAAAGCUGGUGUAACUGGGAAGUAUCUCCAGACUCCCAAGAAAUGUACAACUUCACACUCACAGCUGAAAACUACUUAAGAAAGAGAAGUGUUCAUCUUCUUUUCAGCUUGACUCAUCGAGUUCACCCAAUGGCUCCCUUUAACGUAUUUGUCAAAAAUGUAAGUGCCACAAAUGCCACCAUGACCUGGAAGGUCCACUCCAUUGGGAAUUAUUCCACGCUAUUGUGUCAGAUUGAACUCUAUGGUGAAGGAAAAGUGAUACAAAAGCAAAAUGUUUCUGUCAAGGUGAAUGGUAAGCACCUCAUGAAGAAACUGGAGCCUUCCACAGAGUACGCGGCCCAAGUGCGCUGUGCUAAUGCCAACCACUUCUGGAAAUGGAGUGAAUGGACUCGUUGCAACUUUACCACGGCUGAAGCUGCUCCCUCAGAGGCUCCUGAUGUCUGGAGGAAUGUGAAGUCAGUGCAGGGACAUUGUGUCGUGACUUUAUUCUGGAAGCCACUAUCAAAAUUGCAGGCCAAUGGGAAGAUUCUCUUCUAUAAUGUAGUUCUAGAAAAUCUAGACAGACCAUCCACCUUGAAGCUCCUCUCCAUUCCUGCUCCGGCCAAUGGCACAGAACUAACCCUCGACCAGUGUUCUUACCAAAUCCACGUCACAGCUAACAACAGUGUGGGCACGUCCCCCGCUUCGGUCAUCGCCGUGUCCGGAGACCCUGGAAACAAAGAGGUUGAAGAAGAAAGAGUCAAGGGCACAGAGGACGGAUUCUGUCUGUCUUGGAAACCCCAACCCGGAGACGUCACGGGCUACGUUGUGGAGUGGUGUGAACGUCCAGGGGACCCGCUCUGUGAUGUCCAGUGGAGAAACCUAGGUCCCAAUACCACAAGCACAGUUGUCAGCUCAGAUGCUUUUAGACCAGGGGUUCGCUACAACUUCAGAAUUUAUGGAAUUUCUACAGAAAGGAUUCCUUAUUUAUUAGAGAAAAAAACAGGAUACUCCCAGGAACUGGUGCCUUCAGACAACCCUCAAGUGCUCAUGAGUAACCUGACCUCCUACUCCUUUACUCUGAGCUGGAAGGACUAUGCCGCCGAGUCCCAGCCCGGUUUUGUACAAGGGUACUCCCUCUAUCUGAAGUCCAAGGCUGCGCGAUGCCUCCCGGGAUCUGAAAAGGCAGUCCUCUCAGAUGAUUCAAUAUGUUGCAAAUACAAAAUUGACAACCCCAAACAGAAGACAUUUGUCGUGGAAAACCUGCAGCCGGCGUCUUUCUAUGAGUUUUUCCUCACUCCAUACACCAGUGUCGGCGAGGGCCCCCAGGGCGCUUUCACAAAGGUCACAACUCCAGAUGAAUACUCCCAUAUACUGAUACGUAUCACACUCCCCAUGAUUUUCUCCAUUUUGCUCAUCAUGAUCUUAUGCUACUUGAAAAGUCAAUGGAUGAAGGAGAAGUGUUACCCUGACAUUCCAGAUCCGUACAAGAGCAGCGUUCUGUCAUUAAUAAAAUCCAAGGAGAACCCCCGCCUAACAAUAAUGAAUGUCAAGGACUGUAUUCCAGAUGCUAUUGAAGUCAUAAACAAGCAGGAAGGCACUAGGAAGUCACUGACAGAAACUGAACCCACCAAGCCCACCUACCUUUACCUCCUCCCAACAGAGAAGAGCCACUCCGGGCCUGGCCCCUGCAUCUGUUUUGAGAACUUUACCUAUAAUCAGGCGGCUUCUGACUCCGUUUCUUGUGGCCACGUCCCAGUAACCCCUAAAGCCCAGCCAAGUCAGCUGGGACUGUUGACAUCAUCUGAAAAUGGACCGAAGGCACUAGGAAAAAACUACGUCAACUCCCUGGGAGAAAUACCAGCUGGAGAAACUAAUUUGAAUUAUGUGUCCCAGUUGGCCUCACCCAUGUGUGGAGACAAGUCCAGUCUCCCCACAAAUCCACCAGAGCCAGCACUGUGUUCAGAGUACAAAACGCAAAUGGCCAUUCCCAUGGGUCUGACCUCUCCUCCCUCGAUUACCCUCUUAGAUGAAGGUGAGCACGACCACUAA